AGAGGAGUGUCAUGGAAAGUCUAAGAGGGGCACUUGUUCCAGGGCUGCCUGGACAAUGAAGAAUCGGCUGCCACCCCCUCUCUCGCCCCCCAGGCGAUGCCAAGGCGGGCGGCUGCCGGCACAUGAAUAGCAGGUCUGUUCCAGCAGCUGCGUCCUGGUCCUGCUGGGAGCCCGCAGGAGCACAGAGCGCUCCGCUCCGCGCUCCGGCUGCUCGGGAGAGAGACCUGGGGGCAGAAGGAUGGCCUCGGAAAGGGACAGCACCAAUCCUCACGGCGUGAAUCCUCACCUCCGGAUCAACGGGCCGAUGAACAUCAACCACUACGCGACCAAGAAGAGCGUGGCAGAGAGCAUGCUGGACGUGGCGCUGUUCAUGGCCAACGUCACGCAGCUCAAAGCUGUGCUGGAGCAGGGGACCUCCUUCCAGUACUACGCCACCCUCAUCGUGCUCAUCAGCAUCUCCCUCUUCUUCCAGGUCAUGAUUGGGAUUCUCCUUAUCAUCACUGCUCGUUUGAACCUGAAUGAUAUUGCAAAGCAACCCCGCCUGAAUAUACUCAACAACGCUGCCACAGCUCUCAUCUUCAUCACAGUCAUCCUCAACAUCUUCAUCACAGCCUUUGGGGUGCAGAAGACUGGCCUCUACCCUUCCAGGAAUUUUGGACCUUAUUAAUUCAUGGGCAAUGGACUCAGGUAAGAAAGGGAUCUGAGCAGUGCAGCUCUCCUCCGUGUUUCCACUGACCUCAGCAGGAGCCCAUGGAUGAAUCCAGAAAACUGGGUUAAACUUCAAAACUCUGUGUAUGUCAUAGCAUAUUGGCCCCUUGCUGUAAUGCUUUUGCAGUUCUGAGGGGCAGGAGCAUUGCCUUUCCAAGCUAGAACAAACUUUGCAAGAGGAAAUUGCAGGAACAGCAGCAGGUAUACAUUUUGAAAGUGCAGUUCUGUAAAUCCCUUUUCUUAUUUUAGCUGCCAGCUUCACAUAUUCAAUAUUGGUUCAUUUGGUAGAGAAGACUGAAUGAUUUACUUUGUAGGCUAAAUAAAUAAGUCCAGCUUUUUUUUUUUUUUUUGUCUCAAA